CAGCACCUUCCCCUUCUUUGAUGAUGAUGGUGACAAUAAUAAGGAAUAUCAAUGUGAUUUCCUGCUGGAUCUAUACUCACAUGUGAAGGACUAUGAGACUCAAACAGGCAGGAGUGUCCUUCCAGCAUUACAGACAGUUUACCAGUCAGCUCCUGCAGUCUGGUCCAUAGACCUGUCAGAGAGAAAGGCCUCCCUCCUCCUAGAAGUGCUGAAACUCCAACCAGAGAAGAAACCAGUAGAGCUGAAGGGCUGGUCAGAUGAAGAGAGUGAAGUGAGGAGUUUCCUUCAGUGUCUGUCCUACAUCUCACAGCUGAGCUGUGAUGAUGACAGGUUCUUCCAGACUGUGUGUGAAUCCAUCCCUGUGAGGUCCAGAGAGGAGGACCAGCAGUUGGCCUCUCUCCUCCAGGCCUUGGGCUCCACCGUGUCACUGGGAGGAGAGUUUCCCCGGAAGACCUGCAGGUCUGUGGGGAGAGUCCUGGGUCUCUGUGCCUCCAGAGUGGACCUCACUCUCACCCCCAGCAAGAUCUCUCUCAAAGGAGCCGCACUUCUUUUGAGACAUGAGUCAAAGCUCCACAAGCUCAGACUGAAUCUGGGUAUGGCAGUGAAACUGUCCAGACUGGUUAGGAGGACAGGGAGAGGUUCUACUCUUCUGACUGUCACAGAACUCUCCCUGGUCCUAAAGAGCAGCCAGCCACCAGAGAGAGUGUUAUCCAGGGCUCUGAGUAGUGUGGCUUCCCUGCUGAGACUCUGGAGGGUUCAGUGUCUGGACCUGACUGACUUCUGGAUCCAGGGUCACUCUCUCAUCACACUGCUGUGUCACCAGGGACCUCUCUCUCUCAGACUGAACUCAGACACUCUGCAGCACCUGACUGUAGUUGUGUAUGAAGCUCAGGACAAGGACUUGACACAGUGGUUCCUGGAGAAGGUUGGUGGAGACCUGACCUCCUGCAGGCUGGACUGGGAAGUGCUUCUCUCUCUGCUGCAGCAUUCAACCCACAACAUCACUGUGGACCUCAGGAAGAACCGGCUUCUAGAGAAGAACAUCUCAGAUCUUCUCCCCUUUCUGGGAAGGGUUACUCUCAAGAGGUCCAGUUCCAGCUUUGUAAAGUCCUCCAUCAGACACAUCUAUGACAGUAGAGACAGUGACUGUGUGUCCAGUUUGUUGAGGUCUUCAGACCAUUGGAUCAACCUGAACAGCAGAGAGCUGGACAGAGUGGACUGUUCUGCUCUGUGUUUUACCCUGCAGCACAGCCACCAAGUCAAAGUCAACCUGCUGUGGACCUCCAUACCACCGGGGGAGAUAGAGAGCAUCCUGCCUCUUCUGGACAGAGUCUCCCAACUCAGUGUUGACAGGAAGUUACUACUGAGUUUCCUCCAGUGCUGUGCUGCCUCUCAGAUCCAGCAGGGGGCACCACCACCACCACCAACAGCAGUAUGGCUGCUCAGGUCUCUGCACUACAGGCUGGACUUCUCCUGCUCCUCCUCUGUGGACCUGUCAGCUCAGGACCAGGAGAAGGCUCUGUGUCUGACCACUGACCACUGCAGGGCCAUCAACUCUGUUCUGAGGCAGAACCAACACAGCACCCAGCUGGUCCAGAACCAGGUCCAACUCAUCCUAAGAGACUGUGAGGUGGAGGACAGAGCACUGAGGGAGCUGCUUCCCAUCCUGCAUAUUGUCAAGCUGAGCCCCAGCAAAGCUCUGCUACUUCAGCUGCUGGACCUUGUGUGUGAGGGGAUUGAAGAGGGGCUGCUGAGGCAUGCAGAGUCCCUGUGCAGAGCCCUGGAUGGGGAGCUGGACCUCAGUGAGACCAGGCUGGACCAGAAGGCCUGUGGAUCUCUGGCCCUGGUUCUGGAACACUCAGAGGGUCUGUCAGAACUGGACCUCAGCCACUGUCAACUCACAGACCACCACCUACAGUCCCUGAUCACACACCUGCAUAAAGUACAAGUCCUGGACCUUAGUCACAAUGACAUCACUGAUGCUCUGACUGACAAAAUACUCCAACUGGUCUCUACCAACACUUCAAUACACACCGUACGACUCUUCAACAACAGAAUCCAGGACAGAAGACCCUUCUUGACAGACAAGAGGUUUGACAUCUGGUGAAACAACAUCAGGUCUUAGUCCAGGAAGAGAAGGCUGAAUCCAGGACAGAAGACCCUUCCUGACAGACAAGAGGUUUGACAUCUGGUGAAACAACAUCAGGUCUUAGUCCAGGAAGAGAAGGCUGAAUCCAGGACAGAAGACCCUUCCUGACAGACAAGAGGUUUGACAUCUGGUGACGAUAAUGUUGUAUAAUAACACUAUAAUGUGUCAAUGUAGAAGGCUGGUUUGAGAUCUGGUGAAGAUAAUGUUGUGGAACAUAAACUGAUGGAACAUUUUAACCUGUCUAGGAUCAGCGUGGCGCUAGCGGCACAACCCCCCCC